CUCGUACAGUCAGGGAGACAGGCCUUUGAUUAGGGAAGUCAACGCUUUUGGUGUGAACCGCCGUCAAGUAUAAAGAGGCCAUCAUCCUCCCUCUUGGAAUCAAAACCCUCAUCAACACUCACCAGCAUCUCCAACAGCAUCCUCCACACUUUCAUUCACUCUCAAAAACCAACUUCUUUUAACUCAAACUCCAUUCAAAAUGCAGUUCACCAAGAUCGCCUCCGUCCUCGCCAUGGCCGCCGCUGCCAUCGCUGCUCCCGCUCCCGGCAACUACGAGGUCGAGCCUCGCACUGGCGGCAGCAACAACGGCAACAACCAGCCCGCCUGCUCUGCUCAGAGCUCGAACGUUUGCUGCAACGGUCUCGGCUGCCUCGUCCAGAUCCUUGGCGCCGGUUGCUCCACCAACUCUUACUGCUGCGAGUCUGAUGCCCCUCUGGCAGUUGGUGCUCUCAUCAACAUCAACGCCCUCAACUGUGUCAAGGUUCUCUAAGUGAUACGUUCCGGCGACUUGACCUACUCCUGGGAGUAGCAUGUUGGAUUGUUGGAUAUUGGGGCAUAUAGGGUGUGAGGAUCUGAUGGGGAAAGCCUAUGCCAGCUACUCCGCAUGUUAAUAGGCAGUGUUGAUGUUUGUAUUUACUUCGAUGACCUUAAUUUGAGGUUGAAUAUACAUACAGGGGUUAUAUACUUGACUUUACUUGACCCUUGACUGUGAAUAAUGACAUUGUAUAAACUCGGCAUGAUCACAAAACGAAACCAACA